UCGCACAAACAAACCACCACCGCUCCUCCAAUCCCACAUUCGCUCCAAGCUCGAACCAAGGAGAGACCGUCAGCCAUGUCCGGGCGCGGCAAGGGAGGCAAGGGGCUCGGCAAGGGCGGCGCCAAGCGCCACAGGAAGGUGCUGCGCGACAACAUCCAGGGCAUCACCAAGCCGGCGAUCCGGCGCCUGGCUCGGAGGGGCGGUGUCAAGCGCAUCUCGGGGCUCAUCUACGAGGAGACCCGCGGCGUGCUCAAGAUCUUCCUCGAGAACGUCAUCCGCGACGCCGUCACCUACACCGAGCACGCCCGCCGCAAGACCGUCACCGCCAUGGACGUCGUCUACGCCCUCAAGCGACAGGGCCGCACCCUCUACGGCUUCGGCGGCCCGAUCCGCGGCAUCUCUCUCGCGGAUCCCCAUCUUGACCGUCCACUGCAUCCGCAUCGAACGGCAGGCACACGCCUCAUCCGACCUCUCGUCCCCAUUAAAAUCCCCUUCGCCCCUUCUUCCAAUCGCCACACGAAUCACCACCACUCCUCCAAUCCGACAUUUUUUCUCGCAGCUCGAGCCAAGGGGAGUUCGUCGGCGACCAUGUCCGGGCGCGGCAAGGGAGGGAAGGGGCUCGGCAAGGGCGGCGCCAAGCGCCACAGGAAGGUGCUCCGCGACAACAUCCAGGGCAUCACCAAGCCGGCCAUCCGGAGGCUCGCUCGGAGGGGCGGCGUCAAGCGCAUCUCGGGGCUCAUCUACGAGGAGACCCGAGGCGUGCUCAAGAUCUUCCUCGAGAACGUCAUCCGCGACGCCGUCACCUACACGGAGCACGCCCGCCGCAAGACCGUCACCGCCAUGGACGUCGUCUACGCCCUCAAGCGCCAGGGCCGCACCCUCUACGGCUUCGGCGGCUAGGCCCCUCGUGGUCGUCAAUCUUCGUUGCCCCCCUGCCGUUUCCUAAAGCUCGAUGAUAACCUGACUUGUCUAGUUCGCUAUUUCCCCUGUAGUUCCAAGUGAAUCAUGAAACAAAGCUAUUCGCAUCUGGAGUUUGGA